AUGUCGGCCGACGAAGUCGCCGCUGCGGUCACCCUGCAAGAUGCAGACCAAAGCAAAUCGUUUCUCUCAUUCGGCUCUUCUUUCUCCAAGCUAUCUCUCAACUAUGACCUUGGAACGCAACAGGUGCCACCUGACAACAUUAACUCGGAUGACUGGGACCCCGAACCCGAUCAUCCAGAUGGACCAAGCAAAGACAUCUUGAACCACCAGUACGAAGCAAAUCAGGAAAUAGUCGAGCGCCUGGUGAACUGCGGCAUCUUCCUUCGAGCGUCACUUUACCAGAAGCGAGGGAUUGAAAUCCGAGAACAGCUGAGCCAACCUGGCUACAACCUCGGAUUUAGUUUCGCAGAGCAAGCUGCUAUGAAAGAGAGACUUGCUGGUAUUCUUUUGAGAAGCGAGACAGACGAGGAAACUGUUGAAGCGAAAAUCAUACUACAAAAGCUCUUAGAAGAAGAAGUCAAACAACCCGAGGAGUUCAGAGAUGUUGAGCGCCGUAGCCGCUUGUAUCACGACCUUGGAUGCCUCUACAUCAAGCUUGGAAACCUGAAGCAGGCCAAGACAUUUCUCAGUCGAGCUCUUGAAGGGCGAAAAACCCAGGAACCUAUGCCAGUCCACUUGGUACAAGAAACGGCCGACUUUUACAUCAAAGCCCUACAACUUGACGGAGCUUUUGAUGAAGCACGUGGGGUCGAAGUUUGGGUCAACACUGUAAUCAUGCCCAUGACUAGUCGACCAGCAUCACCACCAGACUCGGAUUCAACGCGGGGCCCCAGAAGACUAUCGUCUAUGGGUGAGCUAUCUCAAGCCUUUGCUUGGUGCCGAGAGAACGGCUUCGACAUCGACACGCCAAGCGGGUUUCGAUUCGAUACUUGCGACUUUAUGACGCGGACAUCGCCACUCCACAAAGCGAUCCAGGAUGAGAAUGUCGAGGUCCUAAGGCAGAUGGUGGGGCAUGUUGCCAGCCUUGAGACUGGCGGCGAUCUCGGUGUCCCGACACCAUUGCUACUUGCGGCAUCAACCAAGAAUCGUGAUAGUGUUGGUUUGCUCUUACGAAAGCAUGCCCGUGCCGAUGUUCGUGAUAGUGCAGGGCUUAGUCCACUCCACCGAUGUCAAAGCAAGUCCGGUGGUGUUAAUGUGGCCAAGCUCCUGCUCGAAGAUACCCCUAUUCUGUUGGACAUCAUCGACAACUCGGGCAAAACAGCGCUGUUCAUGGCUUGCGAGAUGGGAAACGAGAAGAUGGUUCGGUUCCUCCUAGACCAAGGAGCCGAUCCCAACAUUUGCCAUCAGACAAGGAGAGGCCCAGCAUUGUCUCCCAAUUUGAGUAGCACCAACGUGUGUACUCCAUUGAUUGCCGCGAUCCAAGUGGUAGCAACAAGAAGCGCGCGCAAGAUCGGAAUGAUUAAAGACUUGUUAUCACAUGGAGCCGACCCCCGCCUCACUGAUGCCAAUGGUAGAAAUGCUUUCCAAGCAGCUAACAACUCGGGGUUGGCUGGGUCGGAGAUCAAGCGGCUCCUCCAAGAGCAUGGGUCGACACCAUCUCGGAAGUCCAGUGAUGCAUCUUCUUCGACGACAAUACUUACCAGGUCCUCGAACUCGAGUGAUCAAAUUCAGCAUGCAUCUAGCCGGAGGAAUAAUCUCAUAAGAUUUUGGAGCAAGUCCGAGUCGACCCAUUCAGGAGUCGAGUCAGUUCCAGAGAGGGAGUAA